AUGGAUGUUAAGAAUGUUCCGGACAUCUCGGUGAUGAGCUUCUCCUCAGCUGUGGCGGAGAGUGAGCCAGACCAGAAGAGGUGUGGACCUAGAGGAGGAAACACCAAAGGUAUCCAGAUUGCCAGGAUCAUGGCUGAAGCGAGCCUGACCAACGUGAUUCCAGACCCACCUGCUGAUCCAAUCACUGCCGUCGGAGUGGUGACAUCACAAAGCAAGGCACCUGCUCAUUACCAUGUUGUUGCACAAACAACAGAUGGCUCCGAUGCAGACCUGUGGAAGGACGGCCUAUUCAAAUCCAAGGUCACACGCUACCUCUGUUUCUCCACAGGAAAUGUAACCAACGUCGUUGUUGACAUGAGGCUGAUUGAUUUGAAGGACACCUUACCAGAGGGUUUCUCCCUCCUCUCAGAAACACUUGACACACAGGAGCCUGCCCUGAGGAAGAAGAGGCUGUGUGUCAAGCUCUGCCCUCGCGGACACACCCAGACCGCUGUGUGUGACCUUGUGAUCAUCUCCAAGGUCAAACACACACCGGCUGACUACACUUGUAUAGGGGAGCUGAACGGUAUGGGGAUAUGGUAUCGGAUGGGCAGUGUGCACCAGGAAGAGGCCACCGAUGUUCCCAUGUCCAGCCCAACAAGGCCAGCAGAGAAGGACCCGAGCAGCCUUUACAGAAGGACCUCGAGCAGACCAGACUACCAACACCAGACUUCAGGCCUCUAUACCAUGUCAGUCGUGGAUGACAUACCCUUCAUGGUUUCUGACAAACAUACCGGCCCUAGCGGAGAAAUGCAGCAAGUCAAUUUAAUGGGCAUUACGAUCAAAUCCCUGGCAGAGAUCGAGGAGGAGUUUUACUACAACUUCAGCACGGAGCGCAGUGUUGCCCAGGUGUAAUCUCCUUCCACCCGCCCAACCAUGCGGGAAUCAG